AUGCAGGCGUUCUCAAGUGAUGCCGCUGUCACUCCUUUGACAGGGACACCCUCCUCCAGGUUGCUGACAGGGGUGAGGCGCCGAGAGCAGCAGGGAGGCAAGGCUCUGCGAUUCUCUUCCCAGCUGGGGGACGCGGAGGCCCAGGUCUUGCAGCUGUCCCAGCGUUACACGGCUUCCGGCAGCCGGGGACACGCGGGUAUCAGCUGGGAGACCGAGGCACCCCAGAGGGGCGGGGCCCACGCGAGUUACUAUCAGGGCCUCAGGACCCCGGAAGGGGGCUACUUUGCCCCAAUCCUGGGCUCCAAGGAGGCUAUGAGGACGGUGAGGCUCCGAGAGGCUGGAUGGAGUCCCGCAGCAGGGUCGGAGAGCAGCUCGGGCACUCCCGGGCACGUCCACCAGGUGGGGGUGAGCGCCAAGGGACGGAGCGGCCGGGAGGCCUCGCACACGUGCGGCCACCCGCCCGAGGACUUCUGCCCGCACGUGGGCGCGCCGGGCGUGGGGGCGCAGUGCCAGCGCUGCGACGCCGGUGACCCCCAGCGCCACCACAACGCCUCCUACCUCACCGACUUCCACAGCCAGGACGACAGCACCUGGUGGCAGAGCCCGUCCAUGGCCUUCGGCGUCCAGUACCCCACCUCGGUCAACAUCACCCUGCGCCUGGGGAAAGCUUACGAGAUCACCUACGUGCGGCUGAAGUUCCACACCAGCCGCCCCGAGAGCUUCGCCAUCUACAAGCGCACGCACGCGGGCGGCGCGUGGCAGCCUUACCAGUACUACAGCGCCUCCUGCCGGAGGACCUACGGCAGGCCCGAGGGCCAGUACCCGCGCCCCGGAGAGGACGAGCGGGUGGCCUUCUGCACCUCCGAGUUCAGCGACAUCUCCCCGCUGAGCGGCGGCAACGUGGCCUUCUCCACGCUGGAGGGCCGGCCCAGCGCUUACAACUUCGAGGAGAGCCCCGUGUUGCAGGACUGGGUCACCAGCACCGAGCUCCUCAUCUCCCUGGACCGGCUCAACACGUUUGGGGAUGACAUCUUCAAGGACCCCAAGGUGCUGCAGUCAUACUACUAUGCCGUGUCUGACUUAUCCGUGGGCGGCAGGUGCAAGUGCAACGGACACGCCAGCGAGUGUGGACCUGAGGAGGGGGGCCGGCUAGUCUGCCGCUGCCAGCACAACACCACGGGCACCGACUGCGAGCGCUGCCUGCCCUUCUUCCAGGACCGCCCGUGGGCCCGGGGCACUGCCGAGGCCGCCAACGAGUGCCUGCCCUGCAACUGCAGCGGCCGCUCCGAGGAGUGCGUGUUCGACCGGGAGCUCUUCCGCAGAACGGGCCACGGUGGGCGCUGCCUCCACUGCCGGGACCACACUGCCGGGCCACACUGCGAGCGCUGCCAGGAGGACUUCUAUCGCUGGAGUCCCCGGACGCCGUGCCAGCCCUGUGACUGCCACCCAGCAGGUUCCCUGCGUCUCCAGUGCGAUGACUCGGGCACCUGCGCCUGCAAGCCCACCGUCACGGGCUGGAAGUGUGACCGCUGCCUGCCCGGCUUCCACUCGCUGAGUGAGGGAGGCUGCAGACCCUGCACCUGCAGCCCUGCUGGCAGCCUGGGCACCUGCGAGCCGCACAGUGGACGCUGCCCCUGCAAAGAGAACGUGGAGGGCAAGCAGUGUGACAGAUGCCGCCCAGGGACGUUCAACCUGCAGCCGCACAACCCAGCCGGCUGCAGCAACUGCUUCUGCUAUGGCCACUCCAAGGUGUGCACGGCCGCUGCCCACUUUCGGGAGCACCACAUCCUCUCCGACCUCCGCCAGGGAGCCGAGGGCUGGCGGGCCGCAAGCGUGGGGCGCCCAGAGCAUCCUGCGCGAUGGAGCCCAAGGGGACUCCUCCUGAGUCCAGAAGACGGGGAGGAGCUCACGCUUCCAGAGAAAUUCCUGGGAGACCAGCGGUUCAGCUACGGACAGCCUGUCACACUGACCUUCUGGGUCCCCCGCGGGGGCUCCCCACUCCCCGUGCAGCUGAGGCUGGAAGGGGCGGGCCUGGCCCUGACCCUGCGGCACUCCAGCCUGUCGGGCCCCCGGGAUGCGGGGCAGCCGGGGGAGGGACAGCUCACGUUCCUGUUGCAGGAGACCUCUGAGGACGUGGACCCUCCACUGCCCCCCUUCCACUUCCAGCAGCUGCUCGCCAAUCUGACAGCUCUGCGCAUCCGGGCCGGCGGCCAGAGCGGAAGCCCUCCAGGCCGGGUGUACCUGACGGAGGUCCGGCUCACAUCCGCCCGGCGCGGGCUCUCUCCGCCAGCCUCCUGGGUUGAGGCUUGCUCGUGCCCCGAGGGGUAUACAGGCCAGUUCUGCGAGUCCUGCGCUCCAGGAUACAAGAGGGAGACACCGCUGGGGGGUCCCUAUACCAGCUGUGUCCCCUGCACCUGCAACCAGCAUGGCACCUGUGACCCCCACACUGGGAUCUGCCUGUGCGGCCACCACACCGAGGGCCCCUCCUGUGAGCGCUGUUUGCCGGGUUUCUAUGGCAACCCCUUGGCAGGCCAGGCCGACGACUGUCAGCCUUGUCCGUGCCCCGGACAGUCAGCCUGCACCGUCACCCCGGAGAGCGGGGAGGUGGUGUGUACCCACUGCCCCCCGGGCCAGAGAGGGCGGCGCUGUGAGAUCUGUGAUGACGGCUAUUUCGGGGACCCUCUGGGGCUCUCUGGGGCCCCCCAACCCUGCCGGCGGUGCCAGUGCAGUGGGAACAUCGACCCCAAUGCCGUGGGCAACUGUGACCCCCAGUCUGGCGGCUGCCUGAGGUGCCUGCACAAUACGAGAGGUGUCCGCUGUGAGCGCUGUGAGGAGGGCUUCUUCGGGAGCGCCCUGGCCCCUCGGCCCGCAGACAAAUGCAUGCCCUGCAGCUGCAACCCAAGGGGCUCAGUCAGCGAGCAGGGACCCUGCGACCCGGUGACCGGCCAGUGCACCUGCCUGCCUCACGUGACGGGACGGGACUGUAGCCGCUGCUGCCCCGGCUUCUAUGACCUCCAGCCCAGGAGGGGCUGCCGGAGCUGCGCCUGCCACCCGCUGGGCGCCCAGGAGGAUCGGUGUCACCCCAGGACCGGGCAGUGCCCCUGUCGCCCAGGCGUCGAGGGCCGGGCCUGUGACAGAUGCCAACUGGGUUUCUUCAGCUUCUCCAUCAAGGGCUGCCGAGCCUGCAGGUGCUCCCCGUUGGGGGCCGCCAAGGUGCAGUGCCACCAGAACGGCACGUGCGUGUGCAGGCCCGGCUUCGUGGGCUACAAGUGUGACCGCUGCCAGGAAAACUUCUUCCUCACGGCCGGCGGCACGCACUGUCAGGAGUGCCCGUCCUGCUACGCCCUGGUGAAGGAGGAGGCUUCCAAGCUGAAGGCCAGGCUGACCCUGAUGGAGGGGUGGCUGCGGGGGUCCGACUGUAGCGAGCCCUGGGGACCCCUGCACAUUCUGCAGGGAGAGGCCCCAUGGGGGGACGUCUACCUAGGAGGUCUGCUGCAAGGAACACGGGAAGACUUCCUGGAGCAGGUGACAGGCCUCGAAGGUGCGGUGAAGGCCGCCAGAAAGCAGCUGCGGGCGCUGGGCAGGGGUGCCCGCUGUGCCCAGGCCGCAACAGAGAAGACCUGUGUCCAGCUGGCAGACCUAGAUGCGGUGCUGGAGUCCUCGGAAGAGGAGGUUCUGCAGGCGGCUAUCCUCCUCAGAUCUCUGGUGAUUCCUCAGGAAGGGUCCAGCCAGCCCACCAACUGGAGCCACCUGGCCACCGAGGCCCGUGCCCUCGCCAGGAGUCACAGGGACACCACUGCCAAGAUUGAGGCCAUUGUGCGGAGGGCCCUGGUCGCCUCCAACACCAGUUAUGCGCUUCUCUGGAGUCUGGUGGAGGGCAGAGCCGCCCUGGAGGCCCAGCGGGAACUGGAGGACAGGUACCAGGAGGUCCAGGCGGCCCAGAAGGCGCUGGGCACGGCUGUGGCAGAGAUGCUCCCUGAAGCCGGGAGGGCGCUGGCCACCACGCAAGUUGGUGCAGACGCCGCCCUGCGCCCAGCCCCGCGGGCUGCCCCCGCAGCACUGAAGUCCCAGGCCGGGGCCCUGGGUCUGAAGGCGCAGGCCCUGGAGAAGACGGUUGAAUCUAGAGAGCAUGUGGUCACCGAGGCUGCCCGGGCCCUCCAGGCCACCGCCCAGGCCGUGGUGCAGAAGACAGAGCCCGUCACGCAGCUGCACCAACAGGCCAGAGCCGCCCUGACGCGGGCGUCCUCAUCCGUCCAGGCUGCCACAGUGACUGUCACGGGGGCCAGGACCCUGCUGGCCGACCUGGAAGGAAUGAAGCUGCAGUUUCCACGGCCCAGAGCCCAGGCUGCGCUGGGGAGGAAGGCAGGCGCGGUCAGGGGCAGGCUCCUUGCAGACUUGAAAAAGAAGACCAAGCAGGCAGAGAGGAUGCUGGGAAACGCGGCAUCUGUCUCCUCCAGUGCCAAGAAGAAGGGCCAGGAAGCCGAGAUGCUGGCUAAGGACAGUGCUAAGCUCGCCAGGGCCUUGCUGAGGGACGGGAAGCAGGAGCACCGCCGGGCAGGCCGGCUGUCCAGCCAGGCACAGGCAACGCUCCGACAGGCCUCCCGGCAGGUGCGUGCCUCCCAAGCACGCAGACAGGAGCUGGAGGAAGUGGAGAAGGUGGGCGCCGGGCUGCGGGCCAUGGAGCAGCAGAUCUGGGAAUCACGCACAUCCCUGGAAGAGGAUGUCCAGGCCUUGUUGGCGCUUCUUGCCAGGCUAGGGUCACUGGACACUCAUCAAGCCCCAGGCCAGGCCCUGAACGAGACCCAGUGGGCACUGGAGCGCCUGAGGCUGCGCCUGAGCCCACCGGGGGCCCUGCAGGGGAAGCUGAGGCUGUUGGAGCAGGAGUCCGAGCAGCAGGAGCUGCAGAUCCAGAGCUUCGAGAACGACCUCGCAGAGAUCCGGGCCGACAAGCAGAACCUGGAGGCUAUUCUGCACAGCCUGCCCCAGAGCUGUGCCAGCUGGCAGUGAGGGCCGCCCAGCACGCCCAGUGCGGCCCUGGCCCGGGGCAGAGAGGUUUUCCCCGCGUUUCCUGAGCUGGAUGGGAGAGAUGCCCACGCUACGGCCUCCCCACCGCCACAGUCCCUGAGUUUACGGCAUCAGGUCAGACACAGAGACUGUGUGUUUGAAAGCCUGAAGCUGCCCGAUUCCACCUUCUCAAGAGAGACGGACCCAGCUUAGGCCAGGCCCCCCACUCCCAUUCAGAAUAACAGGGGGUCUCGGCACCAGGCCAUAUAGUGAGAGCUUGUCCGUACCUUCUCCAGAUCUGCUGGGGGCCACUCAGAGAAGAUGACUGCUCCUGCACAGAGAGCCUGAAAGCCGAGACCAUGGGGUGUGUGUGUGUGUGCGUGCACGCGCUUGUGCACACCAAUGAGCUGGGGAGUGACUUGGUGGAUUUGAGAGGGAGGACGGGGGCAAGGAGGCCGAAACAGAAGGCUGUUGGGGGCCUGGGUGGCUCUGUCGGUUAAGCGCCGACUGCAGCUCAGGUUAUGAUCUCAUAGUUCGUGAGUUUGAG